UCCAAAGACUGACAGUGCAGGAGGUUCAAAGACUGACACUAUAGAAAAUCCAAAGACUGACAGUGCAGGAGGUUCAAAGACUGACACUAAAGAAAAUUCAAAGACUGACAGUGCAGGAGGUUCAAAGAUUAACAGCGCAGGAGGUUCAAAGACUGACACUAUAGAAAAUUCAAAGACUGACAAUACAGGAGGUUCAAAGACUAACAGUGCAGGAGGUUCAAAGACUAACAGUGCAGGAGGUUCAAAGACUGACAGUGGAGAAGGUUUAAAGACUGACAGUGCAGGAGGUUCAAAGACUGACAGUGGAGAAGGUUCAAAGAUUGACGGCAUAGGAGGUUCAAAGACUGACAAUGCAGGAGGUUCAAAGACCAGCAGCACCAAUGGUUCAAAACCUACCAGUGCACAAGAUCCUAAGAGUAACAGCACUGAAGGCUCAAGAGCUACUAGCGCAAGAGGCUCAAAGACCAACAGCACAGAAGGUUCAGAUACCAAGGAGCCUGGAGACAGAGCAACUAUGGAUACCAAUGACUCUAAUACCAUCAGUGGUGGAGAUACUAAUAUCAAGGAUACUGGAGGUCAAACAGUGAAGGUUACUGCUGGAGAUUCAGUAGCUGCGGAUGCUGUAUUUUCAACUAAUGCAUAUGGAGACAAAAUAACCAAAGAAACUAAGGCUAAAGGCGAUGGCUAUUCAAAAAAAGGUAAAACAAAAGAUUCUGGGAAGCCCGAAUCUAGAGAAUUAGGGGUGAAAGGUAGUGGGGAACCAAUCGUCCAUGGUGUAGGAGGCGAUUCUCAUCAGAAGAUGACUGAAACAGAGACCCCGAGUGACGAUGCUAACACCCAGAAGGGGAUGCUGGAGAAGGAUGCAGAAAAGAUCGAGGUCAAAGUACCUGACAAAUCUUCUAAAACAGACGGCGAUGUUGCACCGGUUCAUACAAGCGGCGACACGGCAGAUAAGAAUCCAAAUAAAGAAGGCAACCCUGUUGAAAACAAAAGAAGUAAAUUCGGCGGGAUUUUUUCCUCUCAGUCAAAGAAGAACAGUGGAAAGCCCACAAAGUCUCCCAACAUAAUCAGGAGAAGUAUUGUUGCCCCUAAAUUCAUCAAGGAGAGAAUAAUCGGCAAAAGAAAGAUAAAAACUGUUGAACCACCUAAGCCGAACGACAAUGAAUCUAGCAACUCAAAUGACAAGAAAACGAAAGUUGACUCAGCAAAUGCUGAAGGAGGUGACAUUACUCCAGCCAAAUCUAAUGGGGCAGAUAACGUAGCAACUACCUCCCUUGCCUCAAAACCUUCCUCAUCUCUAGGGGCCUCUGUUGACACUUCAAAAGCUGUAGCAAAAGCGAAAAAAACAUUAAAGGAUAAGAAUCUGACCAAGAUGUCUACCAUCCCUUCCAAAUCUACCAUCAAAGAUGGUGCUGUCAGUGACAAAGGAUUUUCUGAAAGCUCAGGGCCCAAAAUUCCGUCAAAAAAGGGCAGCAGUGACUCCCCAAGAACAUUAUCAGAAGAGGAUGCAAAAAUUAUAGAGGAACUGAAAUCUUUAAGGACUGAAAUAUCAAAGCUUGACGGUUCAGAGGAAGACGAGGAUGGAAAUGAUGAUGACAGCAAUGAGAAAGGAGACGAAACCACAAAAGAAAAGGAAGGAGGGGGCGUUCAAAGAAGCAGAUCUCUCGUUGCAGUCACAGGUCAGACCACUCCGAGGCCAGAUUCAUCGUUGAGCCUGAAUAGUAAAUCUACGAAAGCGGGCGAAACGAACGGUGAUUCAUCAGAUUCAAAAAUUCAUUCACAAAAACACGAAUUAAAGAGUGACUCAGAAGCAACCAAUGAGGAGGCAGGAGAGCAAAGCGAAGAACAGACUAACCAAUCGGGCCCGAAAGAGCAGACUGCCUUAGACCAAUCAAUACCCGCGGAUGGGGAGAAAGGUAGCCCGGGAGCUGAGGAUAGUGGCGGGAAAGCCUCAACAGAGGGCAGUGGUGAGAAAUCGGCAGAGGGUCCUGCUGUGAGUGAACGCACAGAGAAGAACGAAGAAAGGGAGGGAAAGGAAGACACUUCUGAUGUAGAUAAAGGGAAAGAGGGUGACUCGGAUAAAGUUACCGAGAGUGAGAAAAAUCCCGAUCAAGUGAACGAAAGUGAUAAUAGCAAAGAAAAUAACGAUCAAAAGGAGGAAAGGCAUGAAAAUGUGAACGAAGAGGGAGCAGAAAAAUCAAGUGAAAAAACAAGUGAUCCUGAAAAAGUUAACGACGAAGGAAGUAGUGAUGAUAAGGAGAAAGACAGUGAAAAAGAUACUGAAAAAGUAGAGAAAGAUGACAAAAGCGCCGAUAAAGUUGAAUCGCAAGAGAAGGACUCCGAUAAAGUAAAGGAAGGGGAGACUAAGGAAGGAGGGGAGACCAAGGAAGGAGGGGAAACAGAAGUGAAAGACCAAAACAGUGAAAAGAAAGAGGGAAGUGAAACAGAAGAAAAAGAUAAAAAUACUGAUAAGAAAGAUGACUCACCUGACAAAGAAGGAGAAGAAAAAUCUGCUUCCCAGGAGAGUGAUGCUAAAUCACCGAACAGCAGAGGAGAUGCAAUCGUAGAGGCCUUGGAGGAAUCAGCGAGGUCAAACACAGGUGACCUCGCUGACCCAACUCUCGCCGAGAAAACAGACGAAACCGAGAUGCCGUUCCACCUGAAACCUCGGGGGCCUUCUAUGGCAUCCGUGGAGAGGCCUGAGAAUGUCAUCUCGACGGUGUCCAUGGCCGUGGCCAACAGCACUGCCCUUGGAGCAGGGACACGAACUGUGGGCCUGGGAGACCAGCUGACCGGAGGCAGGCCCUUCUUAGAUCGUUUCGACGCAUCUGACAGCCUAUGGCAGAAGAACCAUGGUCCCUUGGAAGUCAAGCCUCCAACUGAGUUGGGACCAAACAAAGCGGCCCUCCAGGGGAAAGGUUCGCUGGACGAUGAAAUGGCCCAGUGGAACAACAAAGUCAAGGAGAGCAGGGGCGCCCAAACAGUCAGGAUUAAGAACCAGGAGCCCAGACACAGCAUUCUCAAAACGACCGACGCUAAGUACGGAAGUGCGCCAUCCAAAAAGGAUGACACUCGACCCUCACUCAAGGACAAGGCACUGCACUUGUCAGAGCCGAUCAUCAUCGCCAGCGGAAUAGUGCCAGAGAGCUUAGAAUAUCUGACGUCAGAAUACCAAGCGGCAAUCAACGGUAAACUAAACGUGAACGCAAAGACAGGAACUAACACUAAUAAUGGUAACAAAGGGAACGCACUUAACCCAAUAUCCACCACCGGGAACAAGAACGGGAACAACAAAGUUGCCUUUAACAACGCCUUCGACAACAGUGGCGGCGGGAAUAACUACUACAACAUCAACAACGCCAACUACAAUAAUAGUAGCAAUGCGGUGCCAUAUGGCCAGACGGGAGUGGCGGGCUACAACUCCUACAACAACGCAAACAACAAAAUCGGGACGAUGAACGCAACGAACCUCAACCCGGCCUAUGCCAACGGCCUUAUCACGGCUCCCCUCGCCGCGCCCCAGCACAAGAGCGGCCAGGCGGAGGACGUCUUCGACCGCCUCCACAGCAACAAGAAGAACGAAAGGAAUCCUGUCAAUGCACCCGGGCCUGUCACGAACACGAAGGCGGAGGUCCCUCCUAAGGCCACGGCGGGUAAGGAGCCCCUGGACGCCAAGGCCACCAUGAAGGCUGCCGCUAAAACUGCAGCGACAGGGAACGCGGUGGUUGCAGCAGUCAACAAUAACAAAAACACCUCGGCCUCCGACGCAAAUCGCAAGAACCAGAAGAACGCAGCCGGAGGAGUGGUAGGAGGUGGAGUGGUAGGAGGUGGAGUGGGAGGAGGAGGAGGCGCAGCAGGAACAGGAGUAGGAGCAGGAGCAGGAGGAGACGUCUUCUCGAGACUGUACCAGGCCCCAAAGAAUCGAAGUGAUAAAGUCGCGGAUGACAAGGCACCUUCGGACGAUGCCAAGAAAGAUGGCACCAAGAACCCUGUUCGGGGCAACAACGUCAAGGGCAUCGCCAACGCCAAGAAAGGCCAGGGGGACUCCGUCAUCAACAUGCCCUUGUCAUCCGACAAGAAAGGGAAGGCUUCUAUUGGAUUGACCCCAGAUAUAGUAGUGGACGAUACUGGGGACCCAGCCCCUAUUCAUGGAGCCAAUAUGGGCCAAGGGGGCCAAUCUGGUGACCCCACCAAAAUACCCAUCGUCUUGCUCCAGGGAUUCUUCAGGGGGCCCGGGACGAAAUCGCCCCACCACCGAAGACCUUCUUUGGCUGUCAGUGAAAUGGCCCUUCCACCUGACCUGGUCGACGUGACUUCAAUGAUCAGAGGCGCUCUACCUGUCCUCCCGAGAUCUCUGGCCGCUCUCUGUCUCACGCUCAACAUCGUGGUGCCCGGCUUAGGCACAAUGCUGAGCGGGUGGCUUGGGAUCUGCUGGGGGCGUAAUCGCCUGGCAGCCGUCGAGACGGGCGGGACCCGUAUGACCUCUGUCGUCGUGACGGGCGUGACGGGUCUCGUCCAGCUCUUCACUGUGACGUUCUUCCUCGUCGGGUGGUUCUGGGGCGUGGCCUGGGGAAUCCUUCUCGUUUCUAUAUCGAACAAAUAUGCCAGCUUCUGUUCGGAACAUCGGAGCUCUAUAUCUGGGUCUGUCAAUCUGGAAAUGUUAACCGUCAACGCCAGCUGAAGUCAUCUUUCCAAAAUUUUAGAGUGGCCCUCUUCACUCCGGUCAGCUCACCGCCUCCACACUAUUUGGAUGUGAUGAUACUUCGGAGUUUUUUUUUUGGCAAAUUUCAUUCGUGGGGAUUCCAUGAACAUUUCAGUGGUAUCGUGAUUGGAAUUUCUAUAGUUUUCUACCAAAAGUCUAUGAAAAUUGAACAAUUCCAGAAAAUUUCUGAAAAUUGUGAAUACCAAUAUUUAGCACGUCCGCAACUUUUCGUAGACGCAAAUUGUGAAAUUUGAUCGUUUCCGGAAAGUUAUUGAAAAUUUUAGCGUUGUCGGGGUUUUCCCACACCUCAUAAAAAACAAACGUAAUCAAUUUUUAAACUUCAGCUCACCGUUUGAACAGUAUGGGUUAUUUUCCCUUAUUGCUUCAUGAUACUGAUUCUGUGAAAUUUCAACCCGAGUUCCUUUCCAACUCUGUUCUUCGUGAAAACGCAAAGGCUUCCUACAGAGUGGUGUUGAGAAUUUCAGUGCAUAGAGGCUCCGCAAUAGAAAGUAGAAUAUCAAAAAUUAGCUUAUACACGUUUUAGCUUUUUGGAAAAAUUCAAUGCUGACUCUUCGUCGAGAAGUAAGGUGUAACUCAGGAUAUAAAUUGUAUUUUCCGCUACACCUGAAUGAACGCUGAAACGGUACUGAUCAAAUAAUCUACGUUUACGCAGAUUGUCUCGAAUAAUAUAUAUAU